AUGCUGCACCUGAAGCCGGUCCCGCGUGCGGGCGACGAGGGGCACCUCGGCGGCAUCGUGCUGGCAGAGUUCGGGGAGUGCGGCCUGGCGCAGGACGACGCUUGGUCGCUGCUGCACUUCAAGCGGUGCCAGCCCAAGCAGGACGAUCUGGCAAGAGGUCGCCGCACGAUUCAGCUCUCGGGGGGGUUCGCAGACGCUAAGAGCCUAAAACUGCACGGGCGCUACGUACCGCAACCCAGGGAGAACCAGCAGACCAGCGAUUGUCGCUACCUAGUCGGGCUGCAGGGCACUGGCUCGCGCCGGCUCUACAUUGCCGAGGCUGAGAUGUAUUCCCUCGAGAGGGUGCUCCCAGAGGCCGAGGUGCUCAACCCAGGGGGCGCGAAAAAAAACUUCACCGAGCUCCGGACGAAGGCGGUGGAGGACCUCGGCACCGCCACCGCGGCGCGCCAGCAGAAGGCCACGGUCAAGCAGAGGGAGCAGGAGGUGAAGGCCGCCGACUUUGGGGCGAUCGCCGCGUCGCUGGGCGAGCGUGCGCAGGCGCAGCAGGAUGCGCAGGUGUCCAUAGAGGAGCGGCUGAGCGCGGCCACGAGGCGCGUCAUGCCCAGGUUCGACGCCGAGGCCCUGAGCCCCAAGGAUUCGAGGAGGGUGUGGGCCCCAGCCCUGGAGCAGCUGGCGCCGCAGAGCUGCCGCGCAGAAGUCCCCGCGAGCGAGAAGCUGUUCGGGCUGCUGCGGGGCCCUCCGCAGAGGGUGCUGGACCAGCAGGGCGAGGUCGAGGAAGCCUGCCCAAACUCUUUCGUGCGGGAGAUACUGCUCAGCAUCGCGAAGCACAGGAGGGAGAACAACAAAAAGGCGGUGGCGACGGAAGAGAGGGCCAGAGACUUGGUGUUUUACCUGGUUGUUGUCGAGUGCCUCAGCAAGUUGUUUGUCCACAAGAGAAGACCAAUCAACAUUCGGACUGCGGCAGAGUGCUCGGGCCUGCACGAGGACUCGGAGAUCUUGCGGUGCUGGUUUGACUAUUGCUUCGAGCCUGUGCCGGGCAGGAAGUCGUUUGAAAAGAAGCUGAGUUGCCGAAAGUUGCUGAUCGCGACGGUUAUCCUCGGCCUGUGUCAGACACCUGAUGCUUCAAUGGCUCUCCCGAAGGAUGUGGAGGACGACCUGUGCUCUGGCCCGCACAUCAAGCGAAAGGACUUCAUGAAUGAGCUCGAAGCCAUGGGGGGCUACGCGAAGAAGCUCGCGAAGGGAUCGGACACCCUGCUCAUCGGACUGAAGUCGAUUCCACAGGAGAAGGUGUUCAUCCAGGGGGGCAAGAAGAGAAAGAGGGCGGAGGCGUGA